CUGCGCAGGCCGGAUGACUCGGAGCCUCCGCUGUCUGCGCAGCCCCGGCCUGGGCGACACACGCCUCCCAGUCAUCAGCAGCCAGGAGCGCAGUGACCCCUGCGACGCUCUGUCCUGAAGCAGCUGGUACAGCUGAGGGUCUUCUGAGGGGACCCUAGGGGACCUCGCCCACCCUUCGUUCAUCGCGCAGCCUCGGGCAGCGAAGCCUGCCCUGUGUCCUCCCUCGGUCUCCAUGCAGGACACGCGGGAGCAGCUGCCCGUGACUGUCCACCUGCUCGCCGACUCUGGCCACGGCUCCUUGCUGCAGCAGGCUCUGGACCAGCUCCUGGACUGCAUCUGCCCUGAGGUGCGCCUCUUCCUGGUGUCCGAGCGGAUGAAACCCUUGAAAUGCUACGAGAAGUGCCACCCUCGGCGUUCCAGGUUCCCCAGCAUGUCCGUUCUGCUCUUCUUGCAGGACAGUCCGGGAGAGGAGCGGCUGCUCCGUGCCCUGGAGGUCCUGCGGCAGCCGCCCUGGCAGUACUACCCUCCCCAGGACGCACAGGGGAGGCUGGGUCCCCACCUCCUCGCCAGCCAGGAGUUCUACAGCCUGGACAGCCAGAUGCCCAUCUGGGGUGUGAGGCAGGGGCCUGGUGGCGCGGAGCUCGUCAGGCUGACGCUCUACUGCAGCUUCGACAACUAUGAGGACGCCGUCAGGCUCUAUGAGAUGAUCCUGCAGCAGGAAGCUACUGUGCACAAGACCAACUUCUGUUGCUUUGAGCUCUGCGCCACUGAGAGCUUCUCCGUGCAGCUUUCCCUGAAGCAGCUGCCCCCGGGGACAGCAGUGGACCCCAAAGAGUCUUCAGUGCUGCAGUUCAAGGUUCAGGAGAUCGGCCAGCUGGUGGCUCUUCUACCCAACCCAUGUGUCCCCAUCAGCAGCACCCGGUGGCAGACCCAGGACUAUGAUGGCAACAAGAUUCUGCUACAGGUCCAGCCAAAUCCUGGCCUUGGCUCCAGGAAUGGCGAGUUCUCUCUUCUGAGUGACACUGCAGGAGUCAGGCUGACCUCAGUCUCUGCACAGAGAACCCUGGAGUCCAGAAGCCGGAGGAGCCGAUCCAGGAAGUUCAAGGUGCAUUCUCUGGAGCUACCUCAGCCCAGUGGGGCUCCAGAGGCCAGCUCUAAUGGGGCCCUGAGGAGAAGCCCAGGCUGGACCACCCAGGCCAGCAGCUCAGCCACAGGUACCCAGCAGUGCCUGGCUUCUCCCCCACUCGGACUUGGGGCCAGAAUGAAGAACCUUCAGGAAAACAACUGUCAGAUGCUUGAGGCUGAGAUGAAUGUGGACACUGGGCUCACUGUUAUCAGUUCAGAACCCAGGCCAUGUUUCAGGAGCGGAUUUGCAAAGGAUCUGUGGGUCAGCCAACCAUCUAGUUUAUCUGGCUCUUUCUUCGAGGCGACUGCCAUGACAAUGAAAAGGGUCCUGAAGGAGGAACAAGUUUACCCUUUAUCAUUUGCUGGUCAAAGGGAGCUUGGUACAAGAAAGAUGACUUCAAGAUGUCCCCUUCAUCUGCCAGUCCAGGGUGAAGAAAAAGAAGAAGAAUUCUUUAUAUAACACCAAAACAAAUGUGUUUUUCUAAAUCAGAAGAUCAAAUAGAAUGUUCUAGAAAUAGGGCACUGACCUGAAGCUACCCGGGUCUUAUCCACCUGAGGGAUCUGAAUGCUGCUGUGCACAGGUCGGCACUGUUUUCCUUUCAAAUGUUGAAAGUGCACAGGUGCUGCAGUGGUUAUUUAUUUGCCAGACCCACCCAAAGGAGCACAACCAGGCACAGGGAAAAAGCCCAACACCUUGCUCCCUGGAGAUGCACUAACCCAGCUGGAUGCACGGAGCUCAGCGCUGAGCAGGAUAAUUGCAUUGCAUGCAAAUGAAGGGGAUGUGUUACCCAUUACUGAUUGGUGUAUGCAAUUUAGUUUUAAUUUUCACUUGGUUUGCAUAGCUCAUCCCCCUGAUAGCUUGAACUACUUAGUCUUGAGUGCUUUUAAAUUUUUAUGUGACCUCUUUUAUAAGUAGGCCCUGUUUGCCCAUACCCUCUUGUGAUUUCGCCUUUAAAGUUUGCAGCUGGAAUGAGUAAAAAUGCAGGGUUUUGAAAAUGGAAAACAAUAUAUUUUAUUCCUGUUUAAUGAGAGAGAACACUGGGAGCUGGAAAACUGGGUUAAGAACAAAUGGGAGAAGCCAAGGGAUUCCUGUUCUUCAGUCUUUUGUUCUGCUCUGUGCCAAAGAGACCAGUGGUGCUUCUUAUAGGCCAAGGAAAGCUACAGAUGACUGGGGAUCUAAGGUCCCACUGAAUGUGGCAGGGAGACUGGAUUGGCAGGGUCUCUGGCAGCACGCUGGUUCCUUUGGCCAUAUCUGAACUCCCAAUGUCCUCUGACGUAGGCACCAGUCAUUCAGUUAUACAUUCACUCAAUAUAUCACUGUUUGGUGCCUACAUCUGAGUAGAACGUCAAGCCUAUGCUACACAUACACUUUGUGGCCACCAAACCAAGUGAUGUCUAUGGUUUGCAACAAUGAUAAAUCCGCUGUCUCCUAAAAGGGUGCUGAAGCCCAAACUUACUCCUUUAAGAACUUCUUUCAUGAUCCAUGUCUGCUUUUGCCACUGAGGAUCUGAUCAGCCUUCACAAUCUGGAACAGAAGACUGGGAAAAUUAGGAAUUGUAAUUGUAAUAGUAAGAGAGAAAUUCUCAGUUGCCCACAUGCUGAUUUUUUUUCAUUAGGCCUAUACAUAAGUUAAAAAUUUUUUUGAUUGUGUAUUUUAGUUCACUUAUAAGGUUAUUGGACCCUAGGACCUUCAUUUUUCCAGGGCAGCAGGGAUGAUAUUAUGUAGGAUAUAAAUGUUAAAUUAACUGGAGUUUUGCUCUUUGUAAUUCUGUGUAGGAAACCUCCCUAGGCAAGUGCUGUACCACCACCGAGCUUCGCCACAAGCUCUGGCUGGAUCUUCCGAAGGCCUGGAUGCUUGCUAACCCCACGGGGAGAAAGUUAAACUGAGACCCAAGCUCCAGUCUUGUGGAAGCACGGGUAGGCUGGGUUUUUGCUGUCUGCCCAGAAAAUGAGGCGAAGAGAGUUGCAAACAGACAGAAGUGAGACUUCUGAAGUGAUUUUUUGUGUCUUUAACACAUCAGUAUAUUCUCACUUCCGUCUUACAUCUCUCUCCCAGAUUCAUAUAUGAUCUUAGAAAAACAGACUGAAAACCUUUACUGUGGCAGGGGUUUCUAUAACAAGAGGGUUUUUUGUUUUUCUUUUUUAAGUUUUAUUUUGCUCAGUUACUGAGCUAUCUUGGAAAGCACA